CGGACAGGCCCACCGCCACGGUCGAAGAGCGACGGCGCAAGCAGCGACAGCAGCAUGCGUGGUGGAGCGCUAUCUCCAAAGCGGGCACGGUCCAUGACCGACAUCUACACCAGCACACCCAGGCCCAACUCCACGGCUUCCGACUUCACCGCAAAUGCAAGUCGUGGCGGCACUAACAUCACCACCGACAUCACCACCAAGAGCAGUACAAGAGGUUCUGGUCCACGGCUGCGCUUGUUCAAGAAGCCAUGGUUGAAGCAAAUCAUGGCCACACUCCAUGCCGACAUCGUCACCCGGCAGGCGGCAGACCGCCGCGGCGUGUCACUUCGACAGACGCUGGGCGCGCGAUCACGCACGCGCGAGCCGCCAGCAGAAGGGACGCUGGCGGCAGAGAUGGCGCGAAGCUUGGCGCAGCACCACUUCAUGUUCAAGCGACAGCAACUGCGACGGCUGCAGGCCAUGAAGGAAGAGCUGCAACGACAAACGAGUGCACAACACCGCUCCCCACGCGAACACAAUGACCAGCAGCAAGAGAAUACAACCCCACAACAACAACAACAACAACAACACCCAUCAGCCAUAACAUCGUCAUCGUCGUCGUCUUCAGCACGCGGCACUGUCGCCACGGCGCUGGAUGGCGGUGAGAGUUCGCGCCACUUUGAACGGCUGCGGUCGCUGUGGAUUGACUAUCUCUCUGCAGAGUCGGACCAGUCCCAUCUGGAGACUGCCGCGUGCGCGUGGACGUUGAGCGUGCUCCUGCAGCACUUUGAUGAGAGUCGCUUUGACUUCUUUGAGAUGCCACCAAGCAUCGUGAACGGCGGCGUGCGCACGCGCGUGAGGAAUGCCCUUGAGCGGGUGGUGACGUCUCUGGCCAACUGGCGCGCGUCCAGGUUUGAGGAGGAGCCCUGUCUUGCGCAGGUCCUGACGCGUGAGCCGAGCGAAUCAGACUGCCGUCUCCUCAUCGACGCCGUCGUCACAAACAUCUGCAAGGCGGCGGGGCUGUCGUUCCGGUGCGAGCGAAGCGUGUUCUCCGUGUACAUGCCGCGCAACCGCCCCGAUUACCUCUUCUACGACAAAGACAACACCCCGUGCGGCCUACUGGAGGCAAAGCGCAUCGACCUCAGGCACGGCUUUGUGCAGGCGUGUGUGCAGCUGCUGUGCUUGCAGGGAAUUGUGCCUGCACGCAAGUCGCGGCCGCUGUUUGCCGUUGUCUCGGACGGCUUUCGCUACAUGCUGCUCGUGCUCACAGCGCAGCGGCUGUGGGUGGAGGGGCCAGCCGUGUACCGCGCAAAGACGUGGGAUGCUCUGUGGCACAUCUGCGGCAAGCUGCUUGCGGUGAUGCAGCACAGGCUCCCGGAGGGACUGCUGACGUCACAACGUGUGUGCGGUGACCUGGAUGCGCAGACCGGCACAACAUCAGGCACACGCGCACACGCGAAUGCCAGGAGGAAGAAAGCGGGGGAUGGAAGGGGUUCAUCGCCCGCAAGUGUUGGAGCGACAGCAACGGAGAGGAGCAGCCGCAGUAAUCAUGAGAUGCCUUCAAGCAGAGGCAACGAACAGGGUGAUGGUGAUGAUGGUGGUGAUGGUGGUGGUGGUGGUGACAACGGUGACGAUGGGGGUGGUGUGGGCACUGUAUCUGAUACUGAGGCUCGCAGCUACUGCUUUCGGUUGUUCAAGCGAGACUUGUCACCGUGUAAGUGUCAACGCGUUCAGUCGCGCUGCCCUGCCGGGAAAUGUGUGACUGCGCUCUCAACCAAGUUCGCACCCACGAGCAAAGGGGAGCCAGAGAACGAGGGCGCUGUGGAGGAGGGGAGUGCAACGCUGAACGUCGCUGGCGAUACGCAGCCGCUCGUCGACACAGACCAGCCAGCCGUCAUCACCGCUCACAGUCACGGCGACCACGACACUGGUGGUGGUGAUGGUGCUGAAGAACCAGCCUCUGGGCACCGGCAGCAGAGGAAGAAACCGCCCCUCAAACGCACCAACGCGACCGUUGUGCACACGCGCACCACCCAUCCUCUCCCCAAAUCAUCACGAAUCUGGUCAUCAUCAGAAACAGCACCAGCACCAGGAGAAUCAAGACCGGUGCCAGCGUCGACAUCAAAACAACCAGCACCAUCACUGUCAUCAUCAUCAUCAUCGUCGUCGUCGUCGUCGUCAUCAUCAUCAUCAUCAAUGCCUGGCGGCGACAAGGUGGCGGGUCUGACGUGCCCUCGAAGCAGCUGCACAGCAGCAGCACCAAGGAGUGUCACCACGACCACUGCGACCACCACCACCAUUGCGAAGAUGAAGCCGACGGUGACAAUGGCGCGCGGGCGUGCUGCGCAGUACAAACGGACGAACGAGGACCUUCUGCGGCUCCUCGGCGGUGUUGGGGAAGCAUUGCCGUCUCCGCCAAAGGACGUGCCCACCACACCGAUCGCAGCCACGAGCAGCACCACAUCCACGACCACGACCACCACUCCCGUUGUGGCGGCAGUGGACCCUUCGGCAGUAGAGGUGGAUGUUGCUGUCGGUGGCGGCGGUGGAAAGACGACGACGACGGCUUCAUCACAGGCGUCCUUGCACACAUCAUGCGAUGCACCUGCGCUACCAGCAGCAUGCCUCUCGUCCUGUCGACGACCACCUUCGAAACCACCGCCCCUGGUAUCGUCGUCGCCAUCAUCAGGCUCCCCACCACCGUUAUCGCGACUGUCGAGUAUGUCAUCGCAUGCCCCGACCAGCACGGCGCCAACGCAAACACAGCUGGCAGGCAGCGGCAAUGUGCUGGCGCAGCUGCAGCCAGUGAGCGCAAGUGGCAGGGGGCAGACGAAGGAGGCCACGGCAGCAGCUGAUGUGUUGGAUGUGGCGGCCAUCGACGCUGACGUUGGCGGAGGUGAUGACGGGGAUGGGGACAGGACCGGGAAGAAGAGAAAGGGCGGUGUGGCUGUGAUGAAGAAUCAGUCCUCCACGAGCGAGUGGUGGUGCGCUUCUCUCCAACAGCGACAACAGCACCAACAGCACCAGCAGCACCAGCAGCACCAACAGCGACAACAGCACCAACAGCACCAACAGCACCAACAGCGCCAACAGCGCCAACACCACAACUAUCGCGGCACUGCCACAGCAGCCCAUGUUGAAGGCCGUGAUGAUGGUGGCGAUGAUGAUGAUUGUGAUGCUGGCGAGCGGCGGUUGUGGGAUGGUGCUCGGGCGGCGCUCGACCGACAGUUGCCGCGUGGCGGGGAUGGGCGGCGAAAGUGCAUUCGUGGGCGCUGGCUGGCGGUGUGGGCGCCAACGGAGGACACACGCCAGCACCGAUACGACCACAGCGACGGGGGCGGGCGAAGUGGUGGUGUUGGUGGUGUUGGUGGCGAUGGUGGUGUUGGUGGCGAUGGUGUGGUGACAGGGACGACGACGACGACGACGACGGCAACGACGACGGGUGGGAGCGGGUGGUGGUCGGCGCUGAUGCGUGCAGUUCGGCAGGAUGGCACGUUGUCGCGCCACAACGCCAGCGUUGCCCAGCUUGCCGACAGCAUCGCAGCGGCGCGGGGGCGGGGGUGGCUGGAGCUGCUUGAGCACCUGCAAGAGGCGUUGGUCCUUGUGCAGGCGGAGUGCGACUCGUUGGAGUGGAGCGAUGCUGGCGCGUGUGUGCUCUCUGUGUACUGCGACACAGACGAUUGCGUGGCUGUUGGCAGGCGACUGCGCCGCGUGCUCCAGUCCUUGCACAGCCUCGCACAUGGCCGUGAUGCUGAGGACGACGACGACGACAACAACAACAGCAACAACUGUGAUGAACGUGGUGGUGGUGGUGGUGACGCUGUGCCUGUUCCCAACAUUGUCUUUGUGGCCAGACACCCGCCACACAUCUUUCUAUCUAUUCCUGUUCCCGUAACCACCAGCAGCUAAGCCUUUGCCGUUGCUGUCUUGCCUUGCUUGCUUGCUGUCUUCCUUGACUUACUUGUGACACUUGUAUUUAUUCUUUCUAUUGUCCAUUGCAUGCGUGUGCUUCCCUGCCUG